UCGUGUGACAUUCGAGAUGUAAACAAAAACAGCUGUGAAGAAUCGCACUUUUCUGACUAAUUUUGCUUCGUGCGACACAAGUUCUUUCUAAAAGUUAAUUUUUGCGAUAUCAAAUUGAAUUCCCCGUGAUUUUGAUGAAUUCUCAGUAGUGCAGUAACUCAAAUUACGUAGUAAGUUCCGUGAGUUCGCUUUUUCCCCGCGCCAGACGAUGGAUUCUACAACGAAACCGCCAGCAGAAACUUCCGUCAGCGACGAGGAGCGAUUCGAGGAUGCCUCCAGCAAGGAGUUCAACGAAAAGGCCGUCGACGAGGUCAUCGAGAAGGUAGCAGGAGUACGCAUAGCGAAUUCGCCACAACAGAACACGUCGUCUUCGUCGGAGCAGACGGAGAAAUUCGUGGACUGCCGUAGCGAUUCCGGAAGUGACGAGGAAACGCUGGGGAAAGACGGAGAAGGCAAACCGAAAAGCGGCGAGGACGACGACGAUUUAAUCGAUGAUGAGUCACAGCGGGACUGGGAAAAGGGUCUCACCGAGGAGGAAAAACUCGCCAACAAAGCCAAAGCGGACGAGCUGAAAGCCCAGGGAAACGGACUGUUCAAGCAGGGCGACUUUAACAAAUCGGCUAAUGUGUACACGGAAGCGCUCCGGAUCUGCCCGCUGGAGUACUCGGCGGAGCGGUCGAUUCUGUUUGCCAACCGGGCGGCGGCUAAGACUAAGCUGAAUUUCAAACCAUCGGCAAUCGAUGAUUGCACCAAGGCGAUCGAGCACAAUCCAAAGUACCUGAAGGCGCUGUUGAGUGUCAUUGAAUCCACUUCUAGGCGUGCAACCCUGUACGAAGAAGCGGACAAGCUGGACGAGAGCAUGGAAGACUUCAAGAAGAUCCUGGAACUGGACCCGGCCAACGUGGAAGCCAAAGCGGCCCAGGUAAGGCUAGAGCCAAAGAUUCAGGAGCGGAACGAACGCCUCAAGGAGGAAAUGAUGGGUAAGCUGAAGGACCUUGGUAAUAUGAUUUUGCGGCCGUUCGGACUGUCGACGCAAAACUUCGAGAUGCAACAGGAUCCGUCGACCGGAUCCUAUUCUAUUAAUUUUAAGAGUGGCAACUAGUGUUUCAGUCUUGUGAUACUUUAGUGGAUUGAAUGUGUCAAUCGUUGAGUCAACUGCUUGUGUGGGCAAUCUGUGUGCGUGGUGGAUUUUCGAUGCCUUCGAUGGCGAUAAAUUAUAAACCAUUCAAAUCGA